GGCAGGCAGAGAGCUCUUAGCUGUGCGCCGCAGACAUCACCAGGAGGGGAGUCGCUUUCCACCGUCAGCGCCGGAUCAGAACAGGGAAGCUUUGGCAACAAGGAGAGACAAACUCAUCAGCCCGUUACACCCAACAGGAACGGUGACAGCACCUGCAGACACACAGACGUGGACAGACGGCGCAGACAUCUGGGACGCUUCCCUCCCAUUGGUGGACAGAUCCAGACUUCACACCAGGAACUGCAGCUCCAGGCACAUGACAACUCUCCACUGAGCAGCAGGCUCCACCUCCUCAGCCCCAGCGGCUCUGCCUCUUCUGCUCAGGGAUUGCCGGAGUCCGUGAGUCAACACAUUGCAUUCUGGGAAAGUCUGGAACCCUCUCCAUGGGCUGUACCACCUGCUGACAAACUCGAGGCGGUCUGGAGGAGUUGUGUCGAAUGAGGUUUCUGCUGCAUGUGGGCAGGCUUGUUUUUGCAAGGAAAUGAUUCCGCAUGAAGUGCAACGCACUCGGCCCCCUGUCGUCCUCGGCGGCAGCAGCAGGUGUGAUGUCAUAACACUCUCCCCUACCACACUGAGCUCACUCUUCAGACGCUAAAGACCCCUGGACCGAACCGACCGCCUUACCCCUCCCCUCUAAUCACCCCUCCAUAGCUUUCUCUCCAUCUUUAAUCCUUCCUCACCUACUCUUAAGGGCCUGGAUUUUCGUUGUUAUUUUAUAAAAAAAAGACCUGAUAAUCAAUGGCCUUGAAUAAACCUGGUAGAAAGUCAAAGAGAAACAAGAUAACGGAGGUUAAUUUAUAACUGAUUAGAGUUGGACAAGUGACAGGUCAUCACACGUGAGAACAAAAGAAAGUCAGAAGUGAAAGAGAAAGUCAGGGAAAAGGUGAACAAAAAGAAAGAAGAGAAAAAGCUAAAGAACUCCAAAACUCCAGAAAAGAUAACGUAAGUGCAGUUGAGGGACGUGAGGCGAAAUCAUGAAGUCCAAUCAGGAACGCAGUAAUGAAUGUCUUCCCCCAAAGAAGAGGGAGAUCCCUGCAUGCACUUUACCCUCUGACAGCCAGCGCACAGAGAACAUGGCCUGGCUCGCCAGUGUGGCUGGUAGGAAUGAGAGCAGUAUGGGUGGGCGCCGUAGCUCCAGUCAGUCUGAUGGACCGCAGUAUAAAUCCCUAUCCUCCACAUCAGACUCUUCAUCCUCCUCUUCAUCGCUGAGGCUAGUCUCAUCUCUUCCCACAGUUUAUACACCGCCCUUGUCACAAUCAACCGUUGGAGGAACUGUCCAUUACACCCACAUGCCUCCUAAUCUUCAGUUUGUAGCCUCACCUUACACCGCCCCAUACACAGGCUAUCUGUCUCCUCAACUGCUCCCACCACCUCCUCCACCUCCCCCGCUCUCCUCUUCCUCCUUGGCAGCACAGAGGCCCUCACACACAGAGAUGGCCUCUGCACCUUCACAGGCCUCUAAACAUGACCAGCACCGAGCGUCCUCUGGGCGGACGUCCAUGCCGCCUCCCCCCACGGACCCCGUCUUUCACCAUGUUCAGAUGUCCACUUCCCCGCGGACUGUUCCGUCGCCUCAUCAUCACCAUCAAGGACGCGUUCACCAUUCUCACCAUUCUCACCAUUCACUGCACCCCCACCACACGGUGGGACAUGGAAUGUCCCAGGUUUUGGUGCAAUACACAGACGGACCUAGCAGGAAGGAGGAAGGUGGCUCCAGACACAGAGAGCUCCACAACGGAGAGCUGGAGAGGGGCCGGCGAUACGGAGUAUCUCCUGAAUCCAGCCUCUCCAAGUCAGGGAGUAAAACACGGGACAGCCAUUUGUCCUCCUAUGAGGCCCGCCAGCUGGUUCUGCCCUCAGAUUACUCUCCUUAUGAUCCCACAGGACUGAGAACCUCUGUUAUGCUCAUGCAAAAUAGCCAAGGAGACCACCACAUGGUACCACCCAGACCCAUCCCUGAGAAGCUGACAACCUCUGCCCCCUCACACCUGGAGAAAGGCGGUAUCAUCUUGGGCAAACCUGUCAAUCGCAUAGCCUCCGCCUCCAGCACCACAUCUUCAUUCACAUUUCCACCACCAUUAAGUGUAGACAGUUUAAAAGCCGCUGUCAGUACGCUGUCACCCCAGACUGUUAUCCAAACCACCCACAGUGCCACAGAGGCACUGUCAAUGGGGCUCCCCUCCACCAAUAUCUACCCCCAGCCACCUAUCAUUGGUUAUAUUGCAGGUGGUAGUGGAAGCCAGCAUACACCAAUCAGCUACCACACCAGCUUACAACAACACUUACUCAUUCCUGGUGCCCAGCCAGUCAUUAUCCCCGUUAGUGGAGGUGGUGUCACCACAGUGGAAACUGUACCCUCAUCUACUCAACCUGCACAUUUUCCUACCGCACUCCCGCACACCUACAUUGCUGCCACGGCUCACAAAGAUGACACUCUGGAAACCUCCAGCAGCUCAUACCACCAGGCCGCUUCAGGUGGAGUGGUCCAAGCACAGCUUCAUCUCCCCGUUGUCCCUGCGGCAACAGGACUGGCCGCCUCUUCUGCUCCUCCUCCCCCGUCCAGUACGGCGGCGCCUCCCUCACUCCCCCCAUAUUUCAUCAAGGGCUCGAUCAUCCAGCUGGCCGACGGGGAGCUGAAACGCGUUGAGGAUCUGAAGACGGAGGACUUCAUCCAGAGUGCUGAGAUCAGCAAUGACCUGAAGAUUGACUCAUCCACGGUGGAGCGCAUUGAAGGCUGCCACACCUCACCCAACGUCGCUGUGGUUCAGUUCUCAGUUGGUGAGCACCGUGCACAGGUGAGUGUGGAGGUCUUGGUGGAGUAUCCCUUCUUUGUCUUUGGCCAAGGCUGGUCUUCAUGCUGCCCGGAUCGGACCACCCAGCUGCUGGAGCUGCCUUGCACCAAGCUUUCAGUGGGAGAUGUUUGUAUUUCUCUCACCCUCAAGAACCUGAGGAAUGGAUCUCUGAGGAAGACUCAGCCCCUGGAGCUCACCACCCCUGCCUCAAUCACUGGCUCCGGUCACGGGCACCUCAAACCCCCCAGAGCUGUCUCUGACGCUCCCCACAGCAGUGGAGGAGGCUCCAGGCAUGGUGAGCGGGAGAAUGGCAUCAGCCAGCGGGGGAAUAGUGGAAGUGGGAAUGGCAGUGGAGGGAGCAUCAGUAUGGAAAAUGGAGAUCUUAUGUUUGGGGGAAGGGGGUCAAUUUCUAAAGGUCAGGUCACCAGCAGCACAAAAGCUGGCUCCACUAAGCCAUCGGGUGGCAGGAAGCGGAGGUGGUCUGCACCUGAAGGUCGAAAAGCUGAGAAAUCAGAAGAGGAGCCACCUUUGACCCUGCCCAAACCUUCCUUCAUCCCUCAUGAGGUGAAAGUCAGCAUUGAGGGAAGGUCAAAUAUGGGCAAGUGAAGGCUAGUAGGACUGUUAAUAAUCCUGGGGAUUUGGAAAAAAAAAAUCAUAAAAAGACUCUACAAAAAAAAAAAAAAAAAACAUAAAUGCCCACGUUAAUGUUUCAUGUCUUGGUUUUAAAGUUUUUUUGUUUGUUUUUAUUUUUCUAUCUUGAAUACUGUACUGUAGAGGUAAAUUUGACCCUACAUGGUAUCACCUUACAUUAAGUCCAUGUAGUUUAUAACACAUUUAUGUAUGUGGGUUUGCCGUCACACAAAGCAAUCAGUGCCGUUUUUUGGUGGUUUUCAUGAUGAGAUGAUCGAUGGUGAGCGGUUUGUGAAGUGUGCUAAAUGUUUAUCUGCGCCGUGUGGCACACGUGAGCAACGCCUGGUGACGCUCUCGCGGGCUGGCUGCACUUUAAAACGUUAACGUGUAAAUUUCAAGGACUCGCUCCGUGAAGCAAUCGAUAUUGUUUGGAGACCGGUUCCCACCACUUUCUUCACGCCACGUUGUUAGUUUUUACACUGGACCACAGGAGAGAGAUAAUGUCCGCUGAUCCUGAGCGUUAAGGAGUUGUGGGCAAAUCGUAAGAUUUUGAAUUUGAUAAAUCAAGAGUGGUAGUGGGGAGUGGGGGGGAGGGAGGGGGGGAUGUUAUACUCACUGUGUGCCAGACCUGAUCUGCGAUGUCAUCAAGUAGUGCCAGUGUGUUACACAACAGAGAGGGAACAACACUUGCUCUGUUCAGUUUAGCGACAGUGGAGUCUUUACUUUCAUCUUCAGCAUUUCUUCUUUUUUUUUCUUCAUGUUAUCGCAGACCCCCCCCCCUCGUCUUCUAUCUCUGCAGUUCUUUGUUUUCAUCGAUGUGUAAGUGUGAGACACCCUAACUGACCCAGCGCGUUACGUACACACAGGUGCAGACUGCACACACCGGGUUGCAGAAUGGAAUGACUUUACACUUUUUUUUUUCUUUUUUUUCUUUUUGAAAUGAGAAAAGCGGUGCGGCGAGGAGGAGGAGAUCAGGAUGUUUGCGAAGCAUUUAACACACCUGUCACACUCACCAUGUGGCCGACACAUUUUAGUUGUCUCUUAAUUUACACAGUACUGUAUGUUUUUAGUUGUUUUUUUUAACUUAGACAAGGGUAGAAAGUAGCAACAGCACUUUGGAAAGGUGAAGCUUUUGGAAAAGUGAAGCAGUGGAGGGGGGGAGUGGAUGUGCCAUGGGAUUACAAAGGAAGGCAUGGAUGACAGGUAUUGGAGAAAAAACAAACAAACCCCAGUUAUUUUUUUUUUUAAAGUGCAUGUGUGCUGUAGUGGACACAAAGAGUUAGGGAAAAGUAUUAGGAAUGUUGCUUUUUUUUUUUGAAUGUUUGGGAUGAAGUUUUACACGGAAAAGUCUUUGAAAUGUCCCAAUGAUGUUGUGUACUAGACUGAGAAUAACGCGUAGACGCUCAUGCCACAGAUGUUUUGAAGGGUGUCAUAAUAUAUUUGUAAUGUCAGUGUCUGUCCAUACACACACACACACGCUUGCACAAACACAAAAAUGGUGGUCAGCAGUAUGCCGAUGCUUUUUGGUGCAUGUUGUCCCUACUGCAGCGACACUAGUGGACCGAUAUUGGAUUAAUGCACACUGCUAACGGUGUGUUUGUGUGUGUGCUCUGUUUGUGUCUGCGUGUAUGAGUUUAUGUAUACUAUGUAUAGGAAAAGGACAUACUCAUUUGAUAUAUAUAUAUGUAUAUAUAUAUAUACAUAUAUAUAGACAAUACUAAAUGUCCAGUGUUUCUACUUUGAGUCUUUUACUUAAGAGAAUCUUGCGAUUUGCACAUCAGGAGGAGGGAGUCGGGUGGAGACGUGAUUUUCAGCGGCCCCUGUCAUGAAAGGAGCCCCAGACCAUGAAACACACUGGAGGAGACCAGGGUUGUUGUUGUUGUUGUUUUUUUUUUGUUCCUCAUCAGGCACAUUUUACAUAUUGGAGGCAAAGGUGUCCACAUCAGUGCAGUCAAGGUUAAGAGAGGUUUUUUUUGUUUGUUUGUUUGUUUGUUUGUUUGU